CGACAGAACACUCAGCGUCCACGGGGUUAAAGCCACGUGGAAAGCAUUACGUUGGACGGAAGACGUCAUUAAAAAAUGUGACAGGACUGUGUCACCAGAAACUACAAAAAAAUUGAAGAGAUAGGAAAAAUUACUUCCAGCUAAACUAUCAGUUUCUCUCGGUUAGAGACAGGAUAACUUAUACCACAGCGUGAGAAAACAUGGAGGAAGAUAUCCUGACAACACUAAAACUUCUAAUUAUUGGAGAAAGUUCUGUAGGAAAGUCAAGCCUUUUGCUCCGAUUCACUGAUGACAAAUUUGAUCCUGAACUAGGCUCCACGAUAGGAGUUGACUUUAAAGUCAAAAGUAUAAAUUCUGACGGCAAUAAUGUGAAGCUGGCAAUAUGGGAUACUGCUGGACAGGAACGGUUUCGGACACUGACUCCAAGCUACUACAGAGGAGCUCAGGGGGUUAUACUUGUUUAUGAUGUUACAAGGAGAGAAACCUUUAAAAGGCUGGAGAACUGGCUAAAUGAACUGGAAACUUACUGCACGAAAAACAACAUCGUAAAAAUGCUGGUUGGAAAUAAGAUUGAUAAGUCUGACCGGGAGGUAGACAGAAAUGAAGGGCUGCAGUUUGCCAGGAAACAUGCUAUGCUUUUUAUUGAGGCCAGUGCGAAAACGAGAGGUGGAGUGCAGUGCGCCUUUGAAGAAGUGGUGGAGAAAAUCAUCCAGACGCCAGGACUAUGGGCAACAGAGACGCCACAGAGGGGGGUCAGACUAGCAGAAGCAGCAUCAAACCACCAAGGAUCCUGCUCUGGAUGGAACAGGAGAGACUUGCUGCUAUCGAGAGAGACAACAGACUGCUUAUUGAGAAAAUGGCCCAUAUAAUGAGCACCACAGGCCGCGUGGAAAACUGGAAUGACUAUGAGUCAAAAAGUCUGAAUAUUGGAUUAAGACAUAGGGAACUGGUGAAAAUCACUCUGGAAAACCAUGCAAUCCUGAGAAGGAUCAAUAAUCAGAAACCUAUCUACAACCACAACAAAUGGAUAGAUAACUUUCAGGUAGGAAACCUAGAAAUAUUGUUUUACUGGUUAAAAAUGAGAGCAUCAUGAAUAGCCCUGUACUUGCAGGGAAACCACACCGUAAACAACACUUUCAGGUACACGUACAAUUUAUGCUACGUGUGCAGUAUAUAAGUGUUCUACAGUUCAAAUUAAUUAUUUUAAUCUUGAAUUUAAUACACUAUACACAAAUAAUGAACAUUACCAGGGAUAUUGCCCAUUCCAGUUUUUUUUUUUUUUUUUUACUGCAAACGUGAUUAGCCCCAGUGUAUAGGUAACAAGCUCAGGUGUGUCUUAUUAAACUGCUAUGCAAUGGGAGUGUUAUUUCCAUCCCUGAUUACCUGUGUUACCCUAGUGUCCUAUUUCUUGAUAGACCACACGAGGAUACAUUGCUAACAUCACAAAAUAUCCUGAUGUGUCAAAGAAAAGUGACAAGGUAAGGGAGCUCUUUUCAGGGUGUGUUUGAAAGUUAUAAGGAAAAUACUCCAUUCAUUUAAAUAGAGGAUGCAUCAUGAAUGUUCAUGGAGUGCUGUAGUUAUUCCACAAAUGAGGAUAGUCGAUCUGACCAUUUGAAUUUGGAGAAAGGCUUGAAAACUGGGAAUUUUUCCUUAACCUAGUGUAGUACCAGAUACCCCGAUUUUAAAAUCAAAUAUGUGUUUGUAAUGUAAACUCGUUGUGAGUGGUUUGCAUUGCAGUUACUCAGAUAUUGCGGUUCAAUCCAAGACUUUGAGAGGAUCUACUCUUCAGUUCUAGUUGACGUACAUAGGCCAAAUAAGCCAGAAUGCCUUUGCAUUAGUAAGAACCUGCGUGUAGACUGCCUUGUAUUGCAACUUCAGUCCUCUGUAAUUCACUCUGGCUGGCCCAGCCUGUGUUGAUAUGGUAUUGAAAACUGAAGAGCAGCUCCUGAACUUGGGUGAAAGCACAUUAACACAGAUUUGUCAAAAAAAUGAUUGAUUUGUCCGAAUGAUUGUGAAUAUCAUAAAAAGUAAAGGGUCAGCAAAAAUAAGAAAAUGCAAUUUAAAGAUACUUAGGGCAACAUUCUCAAAGUGUCAUUAGCACAAUACCUUUUUAAAGGAUAAAACAUAACUAACAAUUCUAAAACAAACAACUGAAGAAUACUUACAAGCUCCUAAUAAAACAUCUUUGUUGUUUGUUUCUUGUUUGGCAACACACUUGGGCACAGUUUUUCCUUUAAAAAAAAAAAAAGUGCUAAUGACAGGUUGGAUUAAAGGAUUUUAAAUUAGAUUUGAGGAUCCUGACUCUAAAGAGUGGUGUUUUUUAGAUCUGCCACUGUUUAAAUCUUUAAAAUAGACGCAACAGACAAAUAACAAUCAUAUUGUAAAAAAAUCCUGCAUAUCUUUGUAGAAACAUGACCAAAAGCACUGUAGUUCCUUUACCCCAGCGGAAAACUAACGGGUGCUUUACAAGAGCUGCCAACACAUGGAUCCCCUGGGAUUGAUAAUGCUGAACGACUGUCACUCUUUAAGAUAACUGUUGUACAAUGAAUAAACUUACUCUUCCAGCUUUUGUGUCAUCUUUUUAAGUAUUCAUAUGGACAAAAUAUACAUGUACCUGUUCUUGAAGUUUACUUUAACUGUAUCUAGUUUAGUAUUGUAUUUGCAUGAGAAAUAGUUUCUCAUUUGUCAUGUGUUAAAUAUAUAUACUUCUACCUGUUCCAGCUAACAAAAUAGCAUGGGGCUGAAGUUAACUGACUGAACAAUUAGUAAGUGGUACUGCAUUUUUUUACUUAAAAAUUUGACGUUCUAAUCGUGAUUGCUUUUUAUGGAAAUCUGUUAAAACCAAAUAAAGGAGUACUCCUGUUAUUUUGAUUGACUUCUCUCAGCCAGCACGACUGCCAACCCCCCUUAGUGAGAGCGAAAAUGAGGUGGAGAUCUGAAAAUGCAAUCAGAAGUAUGUCCCCAGUUUACUGUGUGAUUACUGUCUUUUAAUGGAAAUAUGCUGUAUUUUCUUCUCUCUGCUGCUUGUAGAGAAUUAUAUUGCAAAAUGCAGACCGGAUAUAUAAUGUUAGAGUCUUAAUAAAAGCAUACAUUUUAGAUUUAAGCAAAAUGAUUAAUAACUACAAUCGGUAUGUUUAACUGUGGGUUUGCUCUUUGUCCUGUCGCAAGGUUACUUGUGGCCACAGCAUGCCCAUGGGCUGCCUGUUAUUUGCAUUGAUAGAAAGUUGAUGCUUCCUGUUAAUCACUUAAUGUUUAUUUAGAUUUUCAUUACAUAAGAGUAGCAGUUAUCUACUUAAUGCUAAUAUUGGACUUGGCUUUCUCCAAGAUAAAAUGAGAUAGUAGUGGUGGGGACCAACCAAAACGUAGCUUCACUGUAAUAUAUGAGCCUUCAGUGCUUUUCCGCCAGGUAAUGUGGAUUUCAUAUUGGCCUGGUAUUGAUGGCUGCAGUAUAAUGCUGGCUCCAGGGUUCAGCCUGUUUUGUGGCCUCCCUGGCGCAUCAACACACACAGUGGCUGUGAUGCUGGCUCCAGGGAUCAACCAAACUGUGGCCACCCUAGCUCCUCACCAUUGCAACCGUCUGGAAUGGGCUGCAUGGGGCACUACUCAGGGGUGGGCUCCUCCUGUCUUCUGUGUUUCAUCGACUAGCCCAUGACACCUCAGGAAGACUCAACAGUGAGACUGGUUAUUGGGCAUGUUAUUGUGAAUUCAACACAAUCUGAAUUUUUAAUCUUGUCCUAGUGAAUACAAAUUAGUUGUGCUUAGAGCUGACAUUGAUAUAAUAGUCCAUGCAUCAUUAUAUCAUAUAAUUAUAUAAUAAUCUACUGUAUAUGUAGUAUAGUAGGAAUCUGCCAGCUGGCAUUUACCAAUUUGAAAACAACAUACACAUACACUGCAUACUGAGGAUUACUGUAAAACAAGUUUUCCAUGCUCCUCAAGCUAAAUACGGCUUAGAACUACAUUAUAGCUUUAUACCCUGAUAUCUGACCUGCCUAGCUUCAUAAACCACAAACAAAAUCUAAAGGCAGAGUUUACUUGAUCUGUUUAUCAAAAUACUCAAUCCAAACUCUAAAGGUAAAACUUGUAAGAAACUAAGUAAAGUCAACAAACAUUUGUCAAUAGGUCAGGAAUAACCUGCCAAAUUAAGCAUUAAAAUGCAGAUGAAGUGUUAAUACAUCACACCUGUUUUGCUUUCCAAUAAUGGUCUAGGUAUUGCAUUGAUUUCAGUUUUAUUUUCAGUAGUCGGCUAUACUGUACAUCAACACUAUAUUGCUUUUCCCUACUAUGUUGUCAAGAUACUUGCAGUACAUGUACACCUGAGAGUAUGCUUUUAAUUUCAAAUGAUAUUAGAUGGCAUGGAAAUCAGUUUGACUGAUAAAUGUCUGACAUUAACCGGUGUGCGAAUAACCAAAGUGAUAUUGUCUGGAGCUUGUCCCCACUGACUCUCGUUAGAUCUUGUCUGGGACAUUUCAAAUUUUCAAUGUGCUGAUAAUUGACAGGAUUUGACUGCAUAAUGUAAUGAGGGCAAGACUGCUUUUUACACAAAUUUUUAUUAGGGUAAACAACCACGCUUUCAGGCGCGUCUGUGCAUAACCCUAACGUAAAAUCACAGUUCUAGUCUUGAAAAUAAAUUAUACUUCUGGCAGUUUACAUUUGUUUUACUAUAGAAUUGUUUUUAAUGGGAAGCAAAUCUAUACAAUGAAGCAAAUGUAAUGGUCUUAUCUGAUCUGAACACACAACUUAAUACAUCCCCCUAAAUAAGAAUAAUGGUUUCUCCUUGUAUUGAAAGCUCUUGCUUCUGUAAAGACACUUGGCUGAACUAGCCUAUGUUACCUCAGGUGAAAGAUCCAUCAAAAAAUAUUUGGGUAAUUGCAAUAAGAACCAUUCAAAAUGAUUGCAAAAAGAUAAUGGGACAAUUAAAAAAAAUAAUAAUAAAAAAUUAAUUUGAAGCUCACUGUUAGUCUAAUGGUUUCUAAAUAGUUACAGUCCUAAUCAUAAUGGUGCAAUAAAAAAAUACAAGAAUCUGUAUAUAUGUGUGUGUGUGUGUGUGUGUGUGUGUGUGUGAUUGUAUAAGUAUACAUUAUUGUCUCAAAAUAAAUAGUUGAUUUUCAAUUUUAUUAACACUUAAUAUAUUCACAUCAGUUCAAUACUGAGAUUUUGUGCCAGCAUCACAGUGGACUGGAUAUUAGAACAGCCAGCAGGUAUGUACAAUAUUUAAAAAAAAAAAAAAAAAACAUCUUAACUAAUGUAGAGUUUCUUGGUUUGGUUAAAGGGACACAGGUGUUAUCUGUGGCAGUAGGAAGCAAACCCCCCCUUUAUUCAAUCUAUUUGACCCUGUAAAGAUUCCCACUUAGUCCCCACUUAGAGCUUAUCUUUUUGAGUCCAAACAGCUUAGAAAAGUUCUUCGUAGAAAAGUGCAGAGCAGUUUAGAAGCAGUAAAGAGAAUUCAAUCUUUAACUUCUUUAAUCAGAAACUACAGUAAAUUUAGAAAUUUCUGCAGCUUAAAUUCUAACAGCUGCGUGUCUUUUUCUGAUAAAAAGCUGAAACUCAGGCCAGCUGAUUACUUUCAGAUUCCAACUCCGCGCCAUUUUGAGACAAAGGGGAGGAGCUAACAAAGCAUGCACAGUUGCAUCACAAAAAAGCAAGGCUAUCUAAACAGCAGGAGUGUGGGAGAAGUGCUUCAUGGAAAAAGUGCAGAGCAGUUUGAAAGCAGGUUGACAGGUGCAGAAACUAAACUUAAACUUACAAAAAAAGAAUAAAAAA